GGCAUUGUAGAUAGGCUCAUCUAUUCGGAGAUACAACCUCACGAGAAGAAUUUCAGGAGACUUUCGGAGCUCGGCCAUUCACUUGACGCGAGGCUAUUGAGGGGAUUCCAGUGAAUAGGUCCUUUCUAUAUCUCCAAGUAUUCACCAUGAAAUCCAGCAUAUAAAGCAAGCCGUUUUCCUACCGUCCACUUCAGAUUAUCUAGUCAGAUAUCACAUCAUCACAAACAAUGCGUUUCUCCCCUGCGAUUGUUUUCGUCGUCGUCGCUGCUCUGACAUCAUCCAUAUCUGCCAUGCCCACUGACGAUGGCAGUCUGCUCGCUCGGCUCGACCAAUGUUCCACAUUUUGCGUGAGGGAUUCACAAUGCAUUGGUUGUGCUAAAGGAUAUUGUGUGAGUAUCAGUAGUUUGCGUUCUGGAUUAAGCCACAUGACUCACCGACAUGGCAGACCCCCCUCUUUUGCCAAUAAAUUUGCUGAGUUAACCGACGUGUUGGCUUCUAAACAAUGUUUCCUGCCGCUCGAUUCGAGCAAUAGAGAUCUCAGAAUACUAGUAGAGGGCUCGUUUGUAAACUUGUGCUAUUUGUAACAUGAUAGCAUCCAGCUGGUUCGAAAGCUUUGAUUGAAAGUUUCGGCACAGUAGAAGUAAUAUUCACGCACGGUUAUGAG